AUCAGACGUUCGCAUGCGCAGAUUGUAAUGUUUACUUCCGCCCGGCCUAGAUCGGUGGCGAGGAGGGUUUGCACGUGUAAUGCUUUGCACAGGGCUUACCGAAGUAGAUCCUAGUUGAUCUUUGAGGCCGACCUUAGAGGCGAAGAUGUGGGGCCCAGCUACCGGCAUUGCUCCGCGACUAACGUCAGUUUGGGCGGGCGCUGGUCGCUUUUACAUUUUGAGGUCAGGAGCAACUAAGCGGAAGGACUUUCAGGCGAGGAACCGCCGUGAAUUGUCUGACUUCUACCCACAGCCGUUACCCUAUCCAGAUUUGGGGGACUCUCCCUGGUGGGUGUCCAAGUGCCGCUUAGAGCCCGGGCGUUACAUAACUAGUCGGAAAUUGGCUGAGACCUUGGUACAGAUCCUGCGGGAGAAACGAAAAAAUCCUCGGCAGCUACUCCUGGAGUGCAAUCCAGGGCCUGGAAUCCUGACUCAAGCAUUACUUGAAGCUGGUGCCAAAGUGGUUGCCCUAGAAAGUGACAAAACUUUUAUUCCACAUUUGGAGUCUUUAGGGAAAAAUAUGAAUGGAAAACUGAAAGUGGUUUACUGUGACUUCUUUAAAAUGGAUCCUGACAAUUGUAAAAUAGCAAAACCACCUGUUUGUGUUUCAAGUGAGCUUUUUAAAGAUUUAGGAAUACAAGCAGUUCCUUGGAAAGCAGGUAUUCCUUUAAAAAUAAUUGGAAUAUUGCCAUUUAGAAGUGAAAGAAACGUGCUUUGGAAACUUUUAUAUGAUCUAUAUUCCUGUACUUCUAUAUAUAGAUAUGGACGAGUAGAAUUAAAUAUGUUCAUCAAUGAAAAAGAAUACCAGACUCUAACGGCAAAUCCUAGAAAUCCAAACUUCUAUCAAGUAUUAAGUGUACUCUGGCAAGUAGCCUGUGAUGUUAAGCUUCUGCAUGUGGAGCCUUGGUCAUCAUUUGAUGUAUGUCCCCAAAGUGAGCCUCUGGAAAAACUAAAACACAGGGAACCAUUCGAACCAAUACAACAGAACCUGUAUUUUAUUCGAAUAACUCCUCGAAAAAGUUUAUUUACAGAACACUUGACUCCUCUUAACUAUGAUAUAUUUUUUCAUAUGGUAAAGCAUUGUUUUGGGAAGCGCAAUGCUAAACUAGUAGACCAUUUACAUUCAUUGAGUCCAGUUGAUGCCAUGCAUAUAUUGAGGCAAAUAAGAAAAAAUGAAACAGUGAAAAUAAUUAAUAUGUAUCCUCAGAACUUUAAACAACUUUUUCAAACUAUAGAGUGUUCAGAAGAUUAUGCCUAUAAAUGGAUGUAUAAUGAGAACCUGGAAGACUCAGCCAUAUAGGGAAACAGAUUGUCGGGAUGUUAGCUGAAGCAUUUUAUUUGUAAACUGUGAUACAAAUGAAAAAGAACUAAGUUUGGAAAGCUCAUAUCCUUUCAACAAGAUGUGUUCUUUUUGAGCACAGACUAGGCAAAUAAUUUCUUCUGUUGCUGAUACCAUUGAUAUCAAUGAUGGCUACUGUUUUUUUCACAACUGAAUAAAAUGAAAACUUCAGUUAAUUGUGUAUUUCAUCAAACUGAAUUUGUCUUUUGAAAAAAAAUUCCUAUAUACUGUAGGGUUGGGAGUGUAACUCAGUGGUACAAGGCAUGCUUGGUAUCAGCAAAGACCUGGCUUUGAUCCCAAGUACCAAAAAAUAACUUCUUAUGUGCUGAAAUACUGGUAGGUGCAGGUUAUUACCAGUUGAAAUUUAAUAGUUUAAAUAUUCCACUAUGACCUGUCCUGAUUUUUACAUCUUCCUGGUGGGCAAAAGAGUUUGAAUAUUAUUAAGCUUAGAAAGUAAAUUAAACUAAUUUAAGUGGUUUGUUUUACCUUUCUGGUUGCUGAAAUGUAAGAUCAAAUUCUGUGCAAUGAAAUUAUUUAAAUUUUAAUGGUUUAAUUAUUUUUAGAAAUUAAAAUAUUUUAAGUAACA